AUGUCUGACGCCGACCCAACCUCAGAAGCCUCAAGCGCAGCAAGCCCAGAUGUCGUUUCCCCGCCCUUCCUUGCUGAACUCGACUCGCUCAUCUCCCAACAAACGCUCAUACUCAAACUCCAGUCGGACAAAGAAGAUUCCUUACGGAACCUCUACGACGAUAUGUUUCCAGUCUUCGAUAAGCUCAGAAGUGAGGUGGGGAGUACGCAUGGGGAGUGGAAUUGUAUGUUAAAACGGCAGUCCGAAUGCUCGGCGCGUAUAACGGAAGAGCAAGCGCUGCAUAGGAAGAUGUCAGAUCUUGUACGUGAUUCGCAGCGGCUGAGAGCGACAAUGCUGCGGAGAGAGAGCCAAGAGGACACUGAGCAGAUACGGAAAGAGAGGGAUCAGCUACGUGAAGAUGUGUGGAAGGAGAAGGAACUUCAUCAUGUGACUAUGCUAGAGGUAGAAGCGCUCCGGAGGCAGCUGGACGAGGAAAAGGAGCUCCAUGAGGAGACACGGUUGAUGAGAGGCAACCCCACCGGAAAUAACGCCAUCAGCAUGGAAGUCUCAAGCGCAGCAAGCCCAGAUCAAACGCUCAUGCUCGAACUCCAGUCAGACAAAAACGAUUCCGUACGGACCCUCUACGACGAUAUGUAUCCAGUCUUCGAUAAGCUCAGAAGUGACUGGAAAGGCUCUAAGGCGGAGAGUGCGCAGUGGAACUGCUUGUUAAAACGGCAGUCCGACUACUCGGCGCGUAUAACGGAGGGGCAAGCGCUGCAUAGGAAGAUGUCAGAUCUUGUACGUGAUUCUCAGCGGCUGAGAACGGCAAUGCUGCGGAGAGAGAUGGAACAGGGCACUGAGCAGACACGGAAAGAGAGGGGCCGGCUGCGUGACGAUGUGCGGAAGGAGAAGGACAAUCACCAUGUGACUAUGUUCGAGGUGGAAGCGCUCCGGAGGCAGCUGGAUGAGGAGAAGAAGCUCCAUGAGGAGACACGAUUGAUGAGAGAGCAACAGAUUUCUAAACAGAAUGAUAAGGAGAAGGAAAUUCGCGAGUUGACUUUAGAGGUCGGACGGCUCCGGGCGCAGUUGAGUGAGGAGAGGAAGCUCCAUAAGGAGACACGAUUGAUGGGGGAACAGUUGAUUUCUAAGCAGAACAAUAAGGACAAGGGACUUCGUGAGGUGACUUUGGAGGUCGUGGAGCUCCGGGCGCAGUUGAGUGAGGAGAAGAAGCACCAUGAGGAGACGCGACUGGCAAGAGACCAGUUGUCUGAGCAGAAAAAACAACAGAACCAACUCCUCGAGGUGUGGCGCAAGAAGAAUAGAGCAUUACUUGAGGAGAUAUGGGAGUGGAGGGACCGGGGGUUCCGUGCGGGGCUUCUGAGCCGUGAGGGGGUGGGGGGCGGGGUCGAGAAGCUCAGUGCGGAGCUUCUGAAUAGUGAAGAGAUGAAGAACGAGAUCAAGAAGCGUGAAGACAUGGAAGGCCAGGUCGAGAAGCUCCGCGCGGAGCUUCUGAACCGUGAAGAGAUGAAGAGCGAGAUCGAGAGGCUCCGUGUGGAGCUUCUGAAGAAGAGAGAAGAUAUUCGUGAAGAGAUAAAUGGCGAGAUAAAACUGGAACAGGCAGAGCAGGAAAAACCUAGACGGGUGCUGCUGGAGCAGCAAGCGAUGGAAAUGCGAAAUUCCGAGCAGACAACCGCGCGAGAUUGA